AUGGACCGAAACAAUCACACCAAAACUACGCGAUGGCUGGUCAUCCUUAUGCUCCUCACCAGGCAAAUAUUCAGCGCAAACGCCGACAUAGUAACCGUCUGGACCACGGUAAAAGUGCCCGCGCCAACACCAACCGCGCCCCUAUCACCAUCCUACACCUCCCUCAACGAGUUCAAGGAUGACAUGUUGAAAAUCACAAACGAGUACCGCGCCAACCACGAUGCAAAUCCACUAAAAUGGAACGACACCCUAGCCGAGUACUCGCGCGAGUGGGCAGAAGCCUGUAUCUGGAAACAUUCGAAAGGUAGCUACGGCGAGAACCUUGCAUACGGAUACCAGAAUGUCUCUGCCGCUGUCAUCGCCUGGGGCGAUGAAGGCGAGAUUUAUAACUUCGGCAAGCCGACAGGCUUUACCGAGGAGACGGGGCAUUUCACUCAGUUAGUCUGGAAGUCGACUACGCAGGUUGGGUGUGCUGCUGUCAAUUGUGGGUACUCUAAGAAUGACAAUGGGAAACGAGACAACGGGGUCGAAGUGCGAGCGCAUGCAUUUGAAGAUGAUGCUCUCGAAGGCGUGGUGAUGGCGUCUCGUUUCAGCAGGGUUGAAGCGGUACGAGACGGCUUGGAAGGGCUGAAGGUCGUGCGAGGCGAGCCGAGGGCCCAGGGGUGGUACGUGGUGUGCGAAUAUACACCCCCUGGAAAUGUUGUGGGCCAGCAUGAUUCUUACUUCAGGAAGAACGUCUUGCCAAAGAAGGAGCCUGCCGUUGACUCGUCCUCGUCUUCAACCAAGUCUUCUUCGUCCACGACUCCCGAGUCUUCUUCCACGUCUGUGCCCGAGCCGUCGCCGAAUGCCGCGACAUCCACUACAAUUGGGAGUCAGAGUCAAUCUACAGGUGGUGCCAUGCGGUUCGCGCGGGACUCGACCUUGGGGAUGAUGUUGGUGGCAUUGGGAACGGUGGGGGUCGGAAGGGGGCUUUACAUCUGA